UCUAGUUUGCUACUGACAAUGACUAUUCAUCAUGAGUAUCUGGCUUCUAGUCAGCCACUAAAGCCACCCACCCAUAGACCUACCACUUCCCUUAUUGAAUUUUUGUUUAGAGCAGCUGUGUCAUGCUUGUGA